GUGAUUGAAGGGAAGAAAGGAUUCUUAGUGAAGCGAUGUGGCGCGUGAGCUCUCCCGACGUCGCCGUCCGCCACGCUUCUCGCCUUCUCCGCACAACCUUCUUUCCAAGAUCGCCGCGGUAUAUGCGUCCAGCUUUCUCCUCUUCUUCUUGCGCUUCCUCCCCUUUUAUAAACAAGAAUUUGGUUGGCACCAAGAAACCAUCUCUCGGCACCGAUCGAUUUAGGUCCAUCAGAAAGGAUAUCUCUCCAAGGUGUUCAGGGUCAAUGGAUAGAUUAACAUUGUCACAUUGUGGGAGAAAGCAAGCAACAGUGCGAACGUGCACCGUCUCUGGCUUUCCCAUUGAGUUGCUUGAGAUGCGCUCUGAAGAAUCCUCAUUGCAUAUUCUUUUAAUCCCCGGAAACCCAGGUAUUGUAUUGUACUAUAAGGACUUUGUCGAAGCAAUCUAUCAACUACUGGAAGGGCAGGCAUCUAUAACAGCAAUUGGGCAUAUUUGUCAUGCAGCAAAGGAUCGGGAGCAUGGAAGGAUGUUUUCAUUGGAAGAACAAAUUAAUCAUAAGGUGGACUUUAUUGAACAAGAGUACCAGAAUAGUGAACAUCCACUUAUAUUGGUUGGACAUUCUAUUGGAUCAUAUAUAUGUUUGGAAAUCUUUAAGAGGCUUCAACAACAGGUGAAAUAUGUUAUAGGUCUUUAUCCAUUUUUGUCACUGAACAAGAGUUCUUUGAAGCAAUCAAUGAUUGGCUUAAUUUCAAGAUCCUCCAUUGUAAGUACAACCAUUAGUUAUUUUGUAUCAUUUUUGGGGUCAUUACCAACCCGGGUUCAAGUUGCUAUGGUGAGAAAGUGCCUUGGGCAGUCAUGGUCUUCUACAGCUGUUGAUGCUACUUGCAGUCAUGUUUUGCAGUAUCAUACGAUGCGAAAUAUGCUUUUCAUGGCAAUGACAGAGUUUGAGAAGUUGUCAGAAGAGCCAGACUGGAUGUUUGUGAAAAAGAAACAUAACCAAAUCUCUCUUCUUUUUGGCAUUGAUGACCACUGGGGCCCACUUUCACUUUUUGAAGAGGUUUCCCGGAUGGUGCCAGGUCUUGCUUUAUCAAUCGAAAGAGAGGGCCACAUGCAUGCUUUCUGCUGCACUGAAGCUGGCUCCUCGUGGGCCGGCCACCAUGUAGCAACCUUAAUCAAGAAUCAAAUUGCAAAGUGAAACGAGACAAUGAAAGGUAAUUUCAUUGUUCUUUGUGCAAGAUUUAUCACUAAUGGUGCUGAAGAAAUGCCAGCAAAUUGAUGCUCUAUCAAGCUGUGGGCUGCGUUUCUUCCCCUUCCACCAGGGCAAGCCCGCCUAUGCCUUGAUUCUAGCAUCAUUCAUUCCAGCAAAUUGCUGUAGAGUGAACUCUUUAUGUAUGCCUAUCUAAAUAUUUAUUCAGAAAAAAAUUAUUGCUGGAAUAUAGACAAAUUUGGGUCAAUGGAAACUGAAGAUACA